CCAAUGUCAAAAGCCCAUCUCAUUAGCCGCCCCCUCCCUUCCUAUUUUGUAGAGGCGCAGAAGCUAGAAGGAGAGUGCCGACUGCUGAGAACGCCGCCGGUAGAGAGGAGGCGCAGAAGCUGGAAGGAGAGUUCCGACUGCUGAGAACGCCGCCGGUAGAGAGGAGGCGCAGAAGCUGGAAGGAGAGUGCCGACUGCUGAGAACGCCGCCGGUAGAGAGGAGGCGCAGAAGCUGGAAGGAGAGUUCCGACUGCUGAGAACGCCGCCGGUAGAGAGGAGGCGCAGAAGCUGGAAGGAGAGUGCCGACUGCUGAGAACGCCGCCGGUAGAGAGGAGGCGCAGAAGCUGGAAGGAGAGUGCCGACCGCUGAGAACGCCGCCGGUAUAGAGACGCCGCCGACGCUGCCGCCAGACACCGCUGCACCCUCCAGGGCCUUUUUUUAUCUCGGCCCAAGCCGUUGAAUUCCUCCUAGCUAAGUCUGUCCGUAGUCCACCACGAAGAGCUUCCGUAAGCUGAGGUGAUUUUGCCACAUUGGCAGUGAACAUCGCCCCUCCAUCCUGCGCGAUCUGCAUGAGAAGAGUCACCGUGGGCACGACCACAAAAUUGGGAAGAGGGGGUGUAAUACUGAAAUUCCUUGCCAAAUUGAACUGAAAGCUGCAUAGAUCAUAGUCACUUAAACUUUACACCCUUCCUUCUAUCACUUUCUACAUCGCCGAUACCAUGGCGGAGCUAGACCCUUCCGCCGCUACGUCAUCGAGCAUAUUCUUUCAGAACAAAUUUCCUCCACCGGACGACACAGUGUUCUUCUCCAUCUUUCCCGACUUUUCUGUACACUCCCCUACUUCCCCUACGAUCAAUUCCGAACUUCAGGCUCUCCACCUUCAGAUCAUCCAGAUCAUAUCUCCUUUCACCUCCAACUACAUAUGGCAACAUGAACCCUUCGAUCUAUGCCUCUCAACUACUUCCCCGCCCCAUCUCGGUGGCAAGGUCCGCUUUGGCGAUAACCUUGAAGAUGAAUGGUUUGUGGUAUUCCUCCUGUUCGAGAUUUCUAGAAACUUCAGGAACCUCUCAAUUCGCGUUUGGGACAGCGAUGGUGAGUUCCUACUCAUUGAAACUGCCUUCCAUCUCCCUCGGUGGCUCAACCCCGACACCGCCAGUAAUCGCGUUUUUAUCCGGUGUGGUGGCCUUCACAUUAUUCCCAAAUCCAUCUUCCCUGACACCCCAAACAUUCAAGACGCUCUUAGGUUUUUAAUAGAAGGAAAGAAGACCAAAGCCCCAGAGCCCGUGCAACUUCAAUUGGUGAAUAGGUUGAAACAGUACCCCCUGAGAGCAGAGAAGAACAUGCAGAGAGUUAGGGUUAGAGUCCCGUUAUCUGUUGCACAAGUGUUGAAGCAUGAGCCGUGCUUAAUUUCACUAGCUGUGGAGGGAUUUUAUGACAGGGAUAUUGAUACAAUGAAGUUUGCGGCUAAGAUGGAGAGGUUUCUAAUGAAUGGAAGUGGGGAAGAACUGGUGCAGGUGGUUGUGAGGAUGUCCAGGGCAAUGUAUGCCCAAUUGGUACAGCAGACCUUCCAAGCCCCUAAAUGCUACCCGCCAUUGCCUCCUAGAACUGACUUGGGAGCAUAUUUGGAGGCUGAGCUGGGGAUGAAGAUUGCAUGUGGAUUUGAGAUGAUGUACCAGUUAAGGAAGAGACAGGGAAUGGAGGGGAAAGGGAGGACAUGGGAGGCUUUCCUAAGAAGUCUGGAAAAGAGUGGGUAUUUUGAAGGGUUGAUGCCAGGGUCCCAGGAGUACAAGAGAUUGAUGCAGAAUGCCGAAGAGUACUACAGGAACAGCUCAUUGCAAGCCAGAACAAGCGAGGUGUUGAGUGUUCCAGUAAGACGCAUAGACGAGAUUCUUGCUCUUCCUCAUUCUGUGGAUGAUUUUAAGAAUCAGCAACUACCACCAUCAGAUGAUGACUCAUGGCUUUAUGGGGGAGAAGAUGAGCUAAAUGCUGUUCUUCAAGAGAGGCAGCAGGAGAUGGAAGACUAUAAUUCAAAGCAGAAAAAGAAACAAAAUUCAAAAGAAAAUCAGGAUAGUUCAGACAAGCUAGAUGAUUACAAUCUUAGGAACAUUUCAGAAUCCAUGCAAGCUUUUGUCAAGAAGAUGUCAAGCUACAAAGGAGCAAAGGUUCCAAAAAGCAGCCUAAGAGAUGUGGACUUUGACGUGGAUCGGUUUAUGCAAGACAUUGGUUCCUUGGCUAGGCAAUCAGACUCAAAAGACAAUGACAGCGAGUGUGAUACUGUAGAACAAUCAAAUUCUGACAUGGAAUUCGAUGAAUCUGAUGAUGAAAGUGAUGCUGAAGAUAAUGACAUGGAAGGGGAUCCUUUUAUGGAGUCCUAUUCACACACUUUAAAUGAGGAACUGAAAGGCACUUCACUUGGUAAAAGCUUUGCUCGAACAGAUGGAAACCAUCUCAAGAAAGAUGAGGGAAUAUCUGGUGCUAGUGCAGAAGGGACGGAGGAGGAAGAGUUGAGGCCCGUGGAUGUGGAUUUAAACCUUGUGAUGAACCUUCUUGAUUCAUUUUCUUCUCAGCAAGGACUUCCCGGUCCAGCUUCCAACUUGAUGGGGCUCAUGGGUCUACGAUUCCCAGAGGAUUCGAAGAGUACUCCUAAAGACAAGUAAGUUAUGUACUUUAGGUCUUGUUUGGUACACGGAAUUCAAACUAUGGAAUUGGAAUUGAGGACUUCAAUUUCAAUUCUGGUGUUUGGUAGCACAAAAAUUAUGUGGAUUUGAAAUUAAUAGUGCAAAAAAUGAAUUGGAAUUGG